AUGGACGCCUCUCAGCAGCCGUCAGGCAGUCAAGCUGCCGGAGCACCACCACCGACGCUCACGCCGGAUGUCAUCGCAUUCGCCAGCAGAAUGUACGACGCUGCUCGAAAAGGAGAAACUGCCGUGUUUGAACAAGCACUUCCGGCCGGGCUCCCUCCCAACAUGACAAACGAAAAGGGUGACACAUUGCUCAUGCUCGCCGCAUAUCACGGACAUGCAGACCUUGUCAGGCUGCUGAUACAGCACGGCGCGGACCCGAACCGCCUCAACGACAGAGGGCAGAGUCCCCUCGCUGGAGCCGUGUUUAAGAAGGAGGAUGCCGUAAUUGAGGCCCUGUUAGAAGGUGGUGCAGACCCUGACUAUGGCAGCCCGACAGCCAUGGAGUGCGUCUCCAUGUUUAAGCAGGAAGACGCAUGGAAGGCCAAGUUUGAAGCGGCGCCUGGAAGGGGAAAGGCACAACCGCCGACUGGACAUUGA